AUGGACUUCAGAAAAACAAACAGGAAACUGGAUGAGUUAUGUGACAAACUGAACAGCUUGGUAAAUGAAGUACGUAGUAAUAAAACAGAUGCAGCACAAGCUGCAACCAGUCGGUCUGUUCCGAAAAGGGAAAAGAUUGCUGAAAUGAGUGACGAAGUGGUAGACAGUAAUCCAUAUAGUCGUUUGAUGGCUCUAAAACGAAUGCAAAUUGUGAAGGACUACGAAAAUAUUCGCAAAAAGACUGUUUUAAUUGUUGGUAUUGGUGGUGUUGGAAGCGUUGCUGCUGAAAUGCUGACUCGGUGUGGUGUUGGAAAACUUUUGCUUUUUGACUACGACAAGGUAGAGUUAGCUAAUAUGAAUAGACUGUUCUAUCAGCCAAGCCAAUCAGGAUUAAGCAAGGUUGAGGCUGCAUGCAACACAUUGAAAGUGAUUAAUCCGGAUGUUGAAAUUGACACAUAUUCUAUGAACAUAACAACUGUCGACAAUUACAAGAUUUUCACGGAAAAAAUCAGGAAUGGAAGUCUUAAUGGAGGUAAAGUUGAUCUUGUUUUGAGUUGUGUUGACAAUUUUGAAGCGAGAAUGACAAUAAACACGGCCUGUAAUGAGGAGAAUCAAAUAUGGAUGGAGUCUGGCGUUAGUGAAAAUGCUGUAUCUGGACAUAUACAAUAUAUUGAGCCUGGUCGAACUGCGUGUUUCGCAUGCACUCCACCGCUAGUCGUGGCGUCAAACAUAGACGAACGGACGUUAAAAAGGGAAGGAGUUUGUGCAGCGUCGUUGCCGACAACUAUGGCCGUUAUUGCUGGCUUUUUGGUGCAGAAUGCCUUGAAAUUUCUGCUUAAUUUUGGUGAAGUCUCAUCUUACGUUGGUUACAAUGCCUUAUGUGAUUUUUUCCCACGCCAUGACCUUCUUCCGAAUCCACAUUGUGAUGAUCUUUUCUGCAAGCAGAGGCAGAAAGAAUACCAGGCAAUUACUCAGUUGUUUGAGAGGAAGGUGAAAGAAGCUCCAAAAGUUACUCAGCUGGAGCAAGACAGUGUUGUUCAUGACGACAAUUCUUGGGGUAUCGAACUUGUCGAAGAGUCAUCUAAAGAUUUGGCUGCUAAAGAAAAGGUUGAGGUGAAGGAAGGGUUAGUAUUUGCUUAUGAACCGAAGGAUGUUGACCAAGGCGUCAAAAAUGAAACAGCUAAAGCUACGGAAGCUGAUUUAGCGUCUUUGAUGUCACAGUUAAAGAGUUUAUGA